ACGUCAUGACGUCAGAGGACGUGCCUCGCGCACUUCCCUGAAGUUUAGCGUGAAUGUUUACAAGCGUCGCUUCCCGCUUUGUAACUUCUCAGCAGGAUAACAGGAGCAGGCAGCCGCACAUGGCUCAUUCCUGAGUCCUGAAGAUGAUUAAGACGGAGAAGGUUCUGCAUCUGAAGAGCUGCCGGGGCAGGAAGGUCCGUGUGGUCCGGGAACAUUAUCUGAGAGCGCAGGUCCCCUGCUACAGCUCGCUGUGUCAGGCGGGCUGUGACAACGACGGCAAGGUGCUGCCGGGGGAUUUGACCCACUACGUGGUACCUGAUGUUGGAGUGGUGGUCGACUAUCUGGAGAUUUUGGAGUUCAGAGAGCUGCAGGGCAUCGUCUUCACCCAGACCGCCUGCCAGGCUGUGCAGCACACCAAAGGACGCAGGCAGUACAACCGUCUGCGAGGCCUCCUCAAAGACCCCCGACACGACUGUGUGCUGUUUGCCAAUGAAUUCCAGGAGUAUUCCUACUGUCCUCGGGAGAAGGGGGAGAGCCAGGACCAGUGGCAGACCAGGUGUGUGUACUCUGCGGCAGUGUGGUACCACAACCACCUGGCAGGUCUGAUGGAUGUCGUGAUGAUCACAGAGGACCAGGAUGCUGUGGCUCAGUACAGCAGCCUCAAUUCAGGAGUGUACGUCAUCUCCGUCCAGGACUUUUUGCGGGACUUUUGGCCGGAUCUGAAGGCGGCUCACGAGCUGCACGGCUCCAUUUCCCAGGCGCUGCAAGAGAAGGAGAGUGAGGGCUCGCAGAAGGAGUUUGUCGAACAUCUGCCCGCUGAAGUCCUGGAGGCUGGAAUCAAAUCUGGGCGUUACAUGAAGGGCACUCUGAAUAUCAACAAACACCACAGUGAAGCCUUUGUGCUGACGGAGGGUUUGCCUAACAAGGACACAGAUCUGAGCGGCGGCGUGCUGGUGUACGGCGGUAAGAAUCGGAACAGAGCCAUGCACGGCGACACGGUUGUGGUGGAGCUGCUGCCAAAGAGUGAGUGGAGAGGGAGGGUCACGGCCCUGUCGGAGGCCCAGGCGGAGGACAGGAGCGGAGAGGAAAACCAGAGCAAACCGAUGCCGACAGGCCGCGUUGUGGGGAUCCUGCAGAGGAACUGGAGGGACUAUGUGGUCACUUUUCCCCCCAGAGAUGGGACUCAGUCCCAGAGCAGGAAUUCCCAGCGUAUCCUUGCUAUUCCCUGGGACCGCCGCAUCCCCAAGAUCCGCAUCAGUACUCAGCAGGCUGACACUCUGCAGGACCACAGGGUGGUGGUGCGCAUCGAUUCAUGGGAAAGCACGUCGCUCUAUCCCAACGGCCACAGCGUGCGGGUGCUGGGCCGGGCCGGGGAGCUGGAGACCGAGGUCCAGACCAUCCUCAUCGAGAACUGCAUCCACGUGCCUCCCUUCUCAGAUGCACAGCUGAGGGAGAUGCCGGUCAACUCACCUGAGAGGCCGUGGAGGAUGGAUCCCGCCCAGGUAGCAGAGCGACGGGACCUCCGGCAGACUCACGUGGUGUUCAGCAUCGAUCCGCGGGGCUGCGAAGACGUAGACGACACGCUGUCGGUGCGCAGCCUCGCCGGCGGGACGCUCCUGGAGCUGGGAGUCCACAUCGCAGACGUCACCCACUUUGUCACCGAGGGCUCGCUCACCGACCUGGAAGCUCGUUCAAGGGCUACGACCUACUACCUGGCCGACCGCAGGUACGACAUGCUGCCUGCUGUUCUCAGUGCAGACCUCUGCUCUCUGCUGGGAGGAGUCGACCGGUAUGCCAUGAGCGUGCUGUGGGAGCUCGAUGCGAGUACCUUCGCCGUCAACAAGGUGUGGUUUGGUCGCACGGUCAUCCGCUCCUCCUACCAGCUCCACUACGAGCUGGCCCAGGCGCUCCUCAAUGGAGAGGAGGCGGAGGUGCCGGAGCUGGCCCGGCUGAAGCCUGAGGAGAAGGACGCUAAGCUGGCCGAGCUCACGCAGGCUCUGGAGCUGCUGACACAUGUAGCCAGAAACCUCCGGGCUCAGAGGGACAAAGGAGGCGCUCUGGAGCUGGAAGGGGUGGAGGUGCGAGCCCAGCUGGACGAGGAGAGGAACAUCACGGCCCUGGUGCCCCGGCAGCCUCUGGAGGUCCACGAGACUGUGGCUGAGUGCAUGAUCUACGCCAACCACUGGGUGGCGCGCAAGAUCCAGGAGACCUUCCCUCAUCAGGCUCUGCUGCGACGUCACCCGCCACCCCGGCAGGAGUUCUUCAGCCAGCUGGUGGAGAGCGCGACGUCCAGAGGAUUCACCAUCGAUCCCAGGACCAACAAAUCCUUAGCCGAGUCUCUGGACCGGGCUGUGGACCCUCAGGACCCGCUGGUGAACAGGCUGCUGAGGAUGAUGGCCACCACAGCCAUGUCACAGGCUGUCUACUUCUCCACUGGUCUCCAGUCCCAAGACCAGUACUACCAUUACGGUCUGGCUCUGGACCGUUACACCCACUUCACCUCGCCCAUCCGUCGCUAUGCCGACAUGGUGGUCCACCGCCUUCUCAGCGCAGCCCUGGACGUGGAGAGAGGCUUGGGCCCUGGGAAAGCAGUAGCGAGCAACAAGGAAGUGGAGGAGAUGGCUCAGCACAUCAACAACAAGAACCGGGCAGCCCAGCGGGCCCAGAAGCUCUCCACCGCUUUGUUCCAGUGUCUCUACUUCAAAGAGCGAGACCCUCAGACGGACGAGCGCUGCGUGGCCGACGCCGUCAUCUACUCCAUGCGAAACAACGGCGUGCUGGUGUUCGUCCCAGAGUACGGCGUGAAGGGGCCGGUGUAUCUGAAGAACCGGGAGGGUCUGGUGGUGGCGGCAGGACAGGACGGCAGCUGUGAGUGGCAGAGCGGCUCCAUACGACAGCACUCGGACCACAUCGCCACCACCUCCAGCUGCGGCACCUCCACCUUCAGACUGUUUGACCACAUCACGGUCCGUAUUUCUGUCCACUCCACACCUUGCCAUGCAGACAGCCUAAACCUCGAGGUCAUCAGCAACAAGCCCCACUGCAGCGCCGAGCCCCAGCAGCUCCGCCCCCAGGGCCGCGGCCAGCUGGUCCAGGAGGUGGUGCGCCUGGCCGAGGAGGCCACCCAGCAGGCCCAGGAGAAGGCCGCCCAGAGGCCCAGACUCUCCAGAGAGGAGAGAGUGUUCAGUCAGAGCAAGACUCCCAACCUGUACACCCUCCUGGAGGAGGUGAGGGAGUUGGCUCUGAUGGACCAGGACGUGGCUGCACAGGUGUGUGCGACGACAGCGUAGAUUCAGCUGGAGAUGGAGUGACACGGUAGGUCCUGGAGUACUGCAACUGCUCCCAGGAAUUUAACCUCCUGACGGGUCAUUAACUUGAGGGUUCUCGAGGUGACGUGUGAGUCGCUGAACCCCCCCAACCAUCAUGUGAGUCAUUCAGGUCACAUGAGUCAUGGUGUCAGAAGGUGUUCACCUUUGACGGGACAGAUCAACACAAUGACAAUGAGGUUAAGUGCCUGAGACUCCACACCUGCCAGUCCGAACUGAAGAAGCCUCUGGGACGACAGGUGAAACGUC